UCACUCCUCAAGAUAAGAAAAUCAAAGUUCACAAGUUUUUUCAUGUCCAGGGCAGCUUUAACGGUCUACCGUGGACGAGCAGCACGCGCAUUCUUGUGUAAGGGGCGUGCACGCGGUGAGAUAUAUUAGCUUGGGAACAUGGCACUUUUCACGUAGCGCUGAAAGGCUAUUACCAAACAGAGCAUGGUAUCAAGUGUUUCAUGUCACUGGCAAAUGGCAACAUCAUUGGGAACAUACUCUCCAGAAAACGCCACAGAAGAAAGGGCUUCUCUUAUGAAAACAGUUUAUAAAAAAAGCACUUCAAAAACGAACGAAGGGAUAAAUAUGAGAGGUAGAGAGGAAAAUGGGGAAGAGUGUCUCUGGUAUUCGGAGGUAACUUCAACGAACAGUGAAAGUAUCGCUGAUAAUGAAGACACAGACAAUGUGGUCAUGCCGUGCGCCCUAAGAAAACCACGUAGUAACAGGCCAAAAUCAAAAGAGCAUAAACGACUUAACUCUCAUAAGCUGGUCCUGCAGUAUAUUGUGCCCUGCAUGAACUCUUACGGUCUGUGCAUAGUGGACAAUUUUCUCGGGAACAAAAUUGGAGACCGAAUUCUUCAAGAAGUCAUACAGAUUCAGCAGGCAGGGAGACUACAGGACGGAGAGCUAGCAUGCCGAAAGUUUGGCAAAAGCAAGUCCAUUCGAGGGGACAAAAUUACGUGGGUGGAGGGGAACGAGCCAGGUUGUGAAAAUAUAGGCUUUCUACUGACAAGAAUGGACAAACUCAUCACAUACGCUGACGGCAAACUGGGGAAAUACAAAAUCCGAGGGAGACACAAGGCAAUGGUGGCCUGCUAUCCUGGGAAUGGGACAGGCUAUGUGAAACAUGUGGACAACCCCAACUCUGAUGGCCGCUGUGUCACCUGCAUCUACUACCUGAACAAAAACUGGGAUGCCAAGGAGCAUGGGGGAAUUCUGCGGAUAUUUCCAGAGGGGAAGUCCUAUGUAGCCGAUAUUGAGCCACUGUUCGACCGACUCCUAUUCUUCUGGUCAGACAGAAGGAACCCACAUGAAGUGCAGCCCUCUUAUGCAACUAGGUAUGCCAUCACUGUGUGGUAUUUUGACUCUGAGGAAAGGGCUGAGGCAAAGAGGAGGUUCAGAGACUUAACAGCAUCCUCACAGGAGAGAAGCACGCCCUGAUCCUUGCACCGCAGUGCCAUGGAAUACCCUGGGCUGUCCAAAUGAUGCCGAGUACUGAGGCAGAUGGUUCCCCUGCUUUAUGUUGCACUUCACUCGUCACUCCUUCAGUACCUCCAUGACCUGUAGAUACUGCUCUAAUGGUACUUGUCACUGCUUCCCUUGAUGUUCUAUUAUGUAACGCAGGGGUCAGCAACCUUAGGCAUGCGUGCCACCAUUGGUAUGCGGCAGCGUAAUCCUUGGCACACUGGCAAUAAGCACACAAGAGAGGAUUUUUAAUUAAUCUUUUUUUAACCCUUUCACAGGUAAUAUUUUUUAUGCUAUGUAGCGC